AUGUUUUGCAAACUGCCGAAAUUUUUUCUUUAUGACAAAGCCGAUCAGGAAAGUAGUCAGGUGAUUCGAAUGAUCUUCUCGAUUGCGAAUAUUCCGUACGAGAUGAAAGAAGUCGAUGAGAUCACGAUUCAAGAUCUUCCACUCCGAAGUGUGCCAGUGUUGGAGAUUGAUGGAGCUAAAAUCGGAAACGCUACCACAAUUUGUCGACAUUUGGGAUGGAGAUUUGAUCUUUCCGGUCAAACAGCGCUCGAAGAUUCGAUGGUUGAUAUGAUCGCUGAAACGAUUCACGAAGCAAAACAAAAACUUCAACCCUGGCUCGAUCAUAUCGAAUACAAAAGUAUCGACUAUUCAAAGCCAGAGUGCUCGGAUCGAUACGCGUUAGAGUAUCUAGACGGUUAUUUGGGACCGAUCAUUGAGAAUAUUUUACUUAAAAGUGGCUCAUCGUGGCUUAUUGGACAUAAGAUGACAUGGGCUGAUCUAAUGGUGGCUUCUUUAUUCAACUCGAUCAUCUAUCAUCGACCAAAUUUCUUCCACAGCUAUCCAAACAUUUAUUUGCAUAAUAAAAAGGUAGCUGAACUGGAAUCCCUCGAGGGAAUGUUGUAUUGUGUGCGGGAUCGAAUGGUCGAUGUUUCCCUCUUUCGUCAUGUCAAACCACUCUCCACGACGAUCACGCAAAAAACGAUUCCCGAAAGUCAGCUCACCGCAUGCACU